CCGGAAGCCCGGCCUCCGGGCCGCCCCCAGCCUCCGGCCUCUCCUGCGGAGCUCCCCGCCGCCUCGGGCCGGCACCCCCGUCAUGUCGGGCGGGCUCCUGAGCGCGCUGGACAGCGACUCCUACGUGCAGCUGGGCCAGUACCGAGACCAGCACUUCCGGGGUGACAAGAAGGACCAAGAGAAGUUAUUGAAGAAAAGCUGCACCUUGUAUGUCGGGAACCUGUCCUUUUAUACCACCGAGGAACAGAUUUAUGAGCUCUUCGGAAAAAGCGGUGACAUCAAGAAAAUCAUUAUGGGCCUGGAUAAAGUAAAGAAAACAGCAUGUGGGUUCUGCUUUGUGGAAUAUUACUCCAGAGCAGAUGCUGAAAAUGCCAUGCGCUAUAUUAACGGGACCCGUCUGGACGAUCGCAUUAUCCGAACCGAUUGGGACGCCGGCUUCAAAGAGGGCCGCCAGUAUGGACGAGGACGAUCUGGGGGCCAGGUACGAGAUGAGUAUCGAAAAGACUAUGAUGCUGGCAGAGGAGGCUACGGGAAAAUGUGCAAAAUCAAUGAGUGACGGAAGCCGUUCGUGUACAAACAGAGGACGUUGGCUGGUUGACGGAUCCCUCCGAAGAGCAACGCUCGAGUCUCGAAAACAGCUGACGUAGAAGAGGCUGUCUUUGGUUUCUUUCUCUCCACACAGGAAUUAAGCCCCAAACCUCGACUUGGCUUUUUCACUCUGAAAAUCAUUAAAUUUCCGAAACUAAGCAAGUGACUGGUCCUGGUGUUGGAACCUUGAGAUCUGGUCGCUUAUCCUAAGGAACAGUUAGUAACUGAGUAGCUCUGUUCAUUGAUACUAACCCGAUAUAGCACAGAAUUGGAAGUCUUUUAUAUGGCAAUUGCUUAGUGUUCACAACUUGGGAGUGGGCAUUUAAGGAAAAGAUCCUCAUGAAAUUGAUAAGAGCUUAAGGAGUGGUCAUUUAGGGAAAAGAUCCUCAUGAAAUUGAUAAAAGUUUGGUCUGUGCUCUCUGGCAAUAGCCUAUAAACAAGGAGAUUUAUUUUUAAAUCUUUUGAAGAUAUCCCUUUUUCCCAAGGUGACUUUUAACUCAUAAAGAUACACAGGUUCUUAAAACAGUUCAGUCUUAACUCGAAUGAUCGACAGUCCCAGAGAGAGGGCUCCGCUCUCGUGCUCAGAAUGGAUGAUCCAGAAAGAAAUAGAUAUUUAUGAUAUUAAGCGCAUCCUUCAGCUUCUACUGGGAAGCUGGUCCAAAGGAUGUGAGCCUAAGAGCGGAAAGAAACAGGAUCUCCUAUGGGAAAUUCAAUGAAUUCUGAAGGGGUUCAUUUUAACUUUGAAACAAGUUGAUGUUAGGCCUGUUGUACUUAUUAUUCUUAUUAUUUUUUAUUUUACUCAAGUGGGAAGGGUUGAAAGGAGAGCCUGAAAAUCAAGGAAACAAAACCUUUAUAAUCUGAGAGGUCAGAGAAGUUUCACCUAGAACAGAUUUCCUGGUCCACAACUAAAUGAUGUGGUCAAUCUCUCAGCAUUUGCACUACUGAUAAAAGAACGGAAUUCUUGUUGGAUUGUGUGUCUGAGAUGAUGACUCGGCAGGGCCAGAGCAGGAGGAUGUUUCCUCCCAAAAGGCAGAGCAAUUUAUCUUGACAGAUUUUUCCCGCAAAGUCUAUUGGCUCAUCCGUUACUGGUGUCUCUCUUGAGGAGCACAAAUGGGAACUAACAGCAGAAACCCACUGUCAGUCAGUAAAGAAUUUUGAUCCAAGGGCAAAAAUCAAGAAGGACUCAAGUCAGCCAGUACCUUGCCAUCUUUUCAGUGACCUGUGGCUUAAGAGGACCGGGGAGGAAAGUUCUCACAGGGAAACAUGUCGAACUUUUGCAUGUUAAACUACGACCAGGUGAUGAGGUUGUAGAGUUUACACGAAUUGUCUCAUUUCGAGUGACCCUAAUUUGUACGUUGUGAUCUCGGUCAAAUCGUAUUCACUUCUUAAUUUUGGGUUUGCUGAUAGCGAGGAACAGUCACUUGGUGGGCUGGAGGAGAGGCUAAUUUUUUCACACCCACGGAGACUUUUUUUUUUCCUGUAGUUUUCUUUACAGGGUAGUUUUAGUUGUAUGUUUUACUUUCAUUCUGUGAUAAAUAGAAAGGUUGAAUUUCAUUUAGUCCUUAAGAAGAAUUUUAGAAGGGACCACGCUUUUUCUCCCGAGUUACCUGGCCAGAUCCCCUUCCAAUAAAGCUGUAACUAUCCCUCCA